AUGGCGGCGGCUGCUGCCAGCGGCGGGGUGCCGAGUUCGGCGGCCGCCGCCGCCGCUGCUGCUGCGGGGAGCUGGCGGCUUCCUGGGCGGGUGCUGGAAUUCGUCUUCUCCUACCUAGACCUGCGGGAGCUGCGAAGCUGCGCGCUGGUGUGUAAGCUGUGGUACCGCGUCCUGCACGGCGACGAGAACAGCGAGGUGUGGCGCAGCCUGGCGGCUCGCAGCCUGGCCGAGGAGGCGCUGCGCACCGACAUCCUCUGCAACGUGCCCACUUACAAGGGCAAGGUACGUGCCUUUCAGCAUGCUUUCAGCACCAAUGAUUGUUCUAGGAAUGUCUACAUUAAGAAAAAUGGAUUUACUUUGCACCGGAAUCCCAUUGCUCAGAGUACGGAUGGAGCAAGGACCAAGAUUGGCUUCAGUGAAGGCCGUCAUGCCUGGGAAGUUUGGUGGGAAGGUCCUCUCGGCACCGUGGCAGUAAUUGGAAUUGCUACAAAACGUGCUCCCAUGCAGUGUCAGGGCUAUGUGGCCCUCCUAGGCAGUGAUGACCAGAGCUGGGGUUGGAAUUUGGUGGACAAUAACUUGCUACAUAAUGGAGAAGUCAAUGGCAGUUUUCCCCAGUGCAACAAUGCCCCAAAAUAUCAAAUAGGUGAGAGAAUUCGUGUCAUCCUGGACAUGGAAGAUAAGACAUUGGCAUUCGAGCGAGGCUAUGAGUUCCUAGGAGUUGCAUUUCGGGGACUGCCAAAGACAUGUCUGUAUCCAGCAGUGUCUGCCGUGUAUGGCAACACUGAGGUGACGUUAGUUUAUUUGGGAAAGCCUUUAGAUGGAUGACGCUUUUGUUUUUUAACUGGGACAUGAAAAUCAAGUUCACGAUAUGGAAAAACUUGCAUGUUGGUUAAUAGGAAAGCAUGAGUGAAAUAUGUGGAUGAGUGUCCAAGAAACAUCUAGGAAAACCAAAACUUGUGAUCUAGAAGACCAGCUAUACUGAAGAUAAUACAUUCACAUUUCCUUUUUCUGCCGGACCAGAAAAAUCCUCAGGGGGUUACAGUUGGUUGAAUGGGCAGUUAACCACAUGCAUGUUGCCUAAGUUCUUGUUGCAAAGAUGGCAAUGUGGAAUCUUGUACAUAUUUAAGGAAGUGUUUAAGGGACAUGGUUGAGGAAGUUACCUGAGAUGUGUGUGUAGUGCUUUUUGUGUAAAAGAUUUCCAUUUUUAAAGUCAUUUGUUCUCUCCCUGCCUCUGAUCCAGUGUGUUUUACCAAAGGUAACAAACUGGUUGCAUUUUAUUUAAUAUAUUUUAAAUGUGUACCGAGAAGCAUAAUCUCAGGACAGCACUUCUCCAGAGUUGAAUAAUGUGCAGCUACACUGAUGUGUAUUUUAAAGACUGUUUCUGUGUAACACUUAAAUUAGAACAAAACCAGUGGUUGCUUUGGCUCUAUUUGGGAUGUAAAUUCUUAACCUACUGCUCCCCACUAAACUUCAGUUGUCAGCUUCUUUCUUUGGAACAGAUAACAUAAAGUAUAUUUAUUUUGUUUUGUUAUACAGCACCUCUUGUGGUAAAAGGAGCCAUGUAUGCUUAUUGUAAAAUGGACAUGACUAAAAGCUACAAGUGUGUUUGUCAGUGCGUGUAAGGGUAAAGUCCAUUUCUAAUAGUGUUUUGAAAAAGGUUUCCAAAGUACUCCCCAAAUAUUUACUGUUUUAAAAUUCCUUGGAAGAAUUUAUCUUCAAACAUUUAAACCAUUAGCUUACAUACAUUGAAACCUAAACAGUAAUCAAAUAUUCUAACUUUCAAGUUUCAGGUAUGGAGUCUGUUCUUAGCUUGUAUUAAAACUUAUUGUGUUGGCAGAGAAAUCUUUCUGCAAAGCUAAUGAGUUGUGUACAAAGGAAGCAUUGCAGAUGAAGUGUCAACCUUUCCCCAAAGCAAUUUUCCCUACAGGGUUCUAGAACUCUCUGGAAUAGUUUCUGCACAGCUUAUGUCUUAACCUUGUAAAUUCACAGGCAGGCUCUUGCUAGUAUGAUGUAUUGUUUUGUCUUAAACAUUAUUUAUUUAAGGGCAAGUAAUAAAACAUUUUCAGUCCAAUCCUAUGAAUGUUUCUUUAAAAGUAAGACUUCCUGCAUUCAGUGGAGCUUACUGUCAGGAAAAUAUGCAUAGGAUUGUGGUCUUUGGAGUGAAAGAGGUAUUGUUUACAUUAUUUACUAUAUAAUUUGAAUUAUGCAGUCAUCUGAUAGUUUCUUAGGUGCUCAAAAGACAAAACUUCUCUUUAGGGAUUUAUAUUCUCAGUUAAGCCAGAGAAAGCUGAGUUCUGUGGACGCUGCUAAACACUAGGUUUGUACUUUUAGUGAAAGAUAUUUAACCUCCAGGGGUCACUGCAUGAACGGCUUAAAAUGGUAACUCUUAAGCCAGUAUCUCUAGCAUCAAUGUUUAACAGUUGCUUCAGUGCUCAUUCUGCCACCUCCCCACCAACCUAACUGGCUUGUUCCCUGUGGCACCACUGAAGAAUAGGGCAAUCCUGUACAUGCUUACUUGGAAACAUGCUCUAUUACAGUGAGACUUACUCCCAAGUAUAUGUGUAAAGGAUUGCAGCCGAUAACAUCUAGCUUGAAUCUUAUUUUUAAAGCACUGCUAUUGCCUCCUUGUAGUUGUUGCAGAAGAAAGUCAUGGUUGGAUAUUGGUUUUGGACUGUGAAUCUCCUUUCUAUGCACAGUUUUUGGUUGAAUGUAUAGCAUGGCACACUGAUACUAAUAACAUUAAAAUAUUCUGGAAGAGUUUUCUUUCACAGGCUGCUAUAAAACAAAAUAGAGAGGUUUUUGUUUUUUUUGUUUUUUAAAGAAAAGACAGGACUGACUUUGCUGAGGGAGUCAUACGUUUGCAUGUUCUCAACUGCUCAGGCUUGACUUAUUCCCAGGCCUUUACCUUAGUUUCCUUCCAUCCUUCGUUUCCAAUACUACAAAACUGCAUCUGGAGGCUGCAUGUAUGACAAGUUCAUUCCUCGUCUGUUUCUGAAAUGAAGUUAAAUCAAAGCAAAUGAAUACCAUUCAACAUAUGGUACUAAAAAGUAGUGGAUGAAUUGGGAAAGAUGUAUAAUUUCUAGAAAAAAUGUUGACCUUAUACAAUGCUGUUAAAUAUAUCACUACAAAGUUCUUAUGUCAUGAGCAAAAAUAAAAGAGUUUGUUACAGUCAUACAGUGUCCCUGUGCAGUCUGGGAUAGUUUACCCUCUGCAUUUAUUUAUGGAUGUUAAGGAGAGAGAGCUUGUCAUAAGAACUGUACCAGGGAAUUUUAUUGUACCAGAGAUUUUAUUUUCAUUUAUAUAGGAUGUGCUGCCUUUCUCCAUUCAUGAGGCAUAGCAGUCUGGUUUUGCCAUUGAUCCAAAAUUCCUUGAGGCACAGGGGACACAUUUGUGUAUAUAAACCUGUUAUAACUUAUUACCUGAAGACCAACUGUAAACUGUACAAAAUACUGAAAUAAAUUACUAAAACAAUAAAAUGCUA